AUGGUGAAGCGCCAUGUGAAGAACGGGAAGUGUAAAGGCGCCCGGAAGUUCAAUGGUCCAAAGUACAAGGGUACAGUCAAGAAGGUCAUCAACAACCUUCCGAAGUACAAUGCAAUGUCCACGGAGGAAAAGCCGAAGAAGAACAAAGCUUCCAACAAGCCACAGAGCAUGGAGAUAUCCGAGCCAAAAGCGCCAAAGCUUACAAAGUCUCAAAAGCGUGAGAAGAGGAAGCAAGCCCUGAGUCUCGGCAAAGUCGGCAAGACAUCGCCGAAGGCCAUGCCGGCACCAUCACCCACCUUGAAGGCCGUCUCACCAAAGGCGACGCCCGAGGAAGACACGCAGAUGAAGGUGGACGUCGAGAAAUCGAAGAAGCGGCGCCGAAAGGAGCAAAGAAGGGCGAUCCAAGUGCACAAGACGCAGCUGAAGAAGAAGGGGCAAACGGCCCACUUGAAAAGCUGA